AUGAAGGCGACGCCGCUGUCCAACUGCGAGCGGCGCUUCCUCCUCCGCGCCAUACAGGAGAGGAAGCGCCUGGACGGGCGGGAGUGCUACGACUACCGCAAUGUUCGCGUCUCCUUCGGCGCUGACCGCGGCUGCUGCAUCGUGGAGCUGGGCAAGACCAGGGUUCUUGCACAGGUCUCAUGUGAACUUGUUGCCCCCAAGCCCAAUCGGCCUACAGAAGGUGUACUCUUCUUUAAUCUGGAGCUCUCACCCAUGGCUGCACCUGGUCUGGAGCCUGGCAGGCAAUCUGAGUUACUGGUGUCACUGAACAGACUACUGGAACGAUGCCUGAGAGAUUCCAAGUGUAUAGAUACUGAAUCUCUCUGUGUUGUUGCUGGUGAAAAGGUCUGGCAAAUCCGCCUGGACAUGCACCUGUUAAACCACGAUGGGAACAUUGCUGAUGCUGCCAGCAUAGCAGGAAUUGUAGCUCUGUGUCACUUUCGCCGACCAGACGUGUCUGUCCAAGGAGAGGAAGUGACUGUGUACACUCCUGAGGAACGUGAUCCUGUCCCCUUGAGCAUCCACCACAUGCCUAUUUGUGUCAGCUUUGCCUUCUUCCACCAAGGGAACUAUUUAUUGGUGGAUCCCAGUGAGCGUGAGGAGCGUGUGAUGGAUGGGCUCCUUGUGAUUGCCAUGAACAAACACCGGGAGAUUUGUACCAUCCAUUCCACUGGAGGAGUUAUGCUGGUACAGGACCAGAUUCUGAGAUGCACUAAAAUAGCAGCUGUUAAGGUGGCAGAAAUAACAGAACUCAUUCAGAAAGCCUUGGAGAAUGACCAGAAAGCUAGGAAAGAAGGUGGGAAGUUUGGCUUUGCAGAAUCCAUACCAAACCAAAGGAUCACUGCCUUCAAAAUGGAGAGUGCUGCUGUUGAUACCAACAAUGUGGAAGAACAAGCAGGAGAGAUCAUUGCUAAAGCUGACCCUCCUUCUGAAGUUUUUGCCAAUCCAGUCUUGCACACUCCUGGGACAGCCCAAAUCGGGGAGGGGAUAGAGAACUCCUGGGGAGACCUUGAAGAGUCUGAGAAGGAAGAAGCAGCAGAAGAGGAAGGUGAAAGUGAGGCAGCUGCUUUGGAAUGUCAGACAGUAGAAUCUGAGGAUACAAGAACAGUAAGGGAAACUAAGAAGGAUGAACCUGUGGUACUGUCUGACAGUGAAGAGGAAGAAGUUAUCAUUCUGGAACCACAGGAAGUACCACGGAAAACAAGAGCACAGACCAGCUCAAAAGCAGAAAAUCCAACUAAGAAAGCCUUUAACAAAAGGAGAAGAAAGAAGAGAACUGCUCGUUAA